AAAAAAACUUGAAAAAUCAAACCAUACGAAAGGUUUCCAUCAGCUCUUCCUCUUGUGUUGAGUCUUUUUGAAUUCCGACUAAAUCUCCCAUUACACCCAAUACCCACUCCUCAUCUUACCUACCCUCUCCCUAACCAAAAUUGCCACGAUGUCUGCUACGUCACCCAAAGUCGACUCCAAGGAGCUCCCCGAGACCAACAGCACUACUACCACCGAGCAGCAGCCGGCUGCUGCUGGGGACGCUGCCCCGGAUGCCACUGCUGAGCAGACUUCGACUGCCGGGAAUGGCGCUGCUGCUGAGGCAUCUCCCGCUGCCCCUGCUCCUCAACAGAGCAAUGGAGCUUCUGCCAACUCCAACAACAACCAGCAGAGUCAGAACACCUCCCUCUACGUCGGUGAGCUGGACCCUUCCGUCACCGAGGCCAUGCUGUUCGAAAUCUUCAGUAUGAUCGGCCCCGUCGCUUCGAUCCGAGUCUGCCGAGAUGCAGUCACUCGACGAUCCCUCGGAUACGCCUACGUCAACUUCAUCAACUCCAACGAUGGAGAGCGUGCCUUGGAGCAGCUCAACUACUCGGUCAUCCGAGGACGACCCUGCCGAAUCAUGUGGUCGCAGCGUGACCCAGCCCUCCGACGCACUGGUCAGGGCAACAUCUUCAUCAAGAACCUCGACGAGGCCAUUGACAACAAGGCGCUCCACGACACCUUUGCUGCCUUUGGUAACAUUCUGUCGUGCAAGGUCGCAAUCGGAGAGGGCGGUUCUCUCGGAUACGGCUUCGUCCACUACGAGACUGGCGAGGCUGCUGACCAGGCUAUCCAGCACGUCAAUGGAAUGCUCUUGAACGACAAGAAGGUCUUCGUCGGCCACCACGUCCCCAAGAAGGAGCGACUGCAGAAGAUCGAGGAGGCCCGUGCCAAGUUCACUAAUGUCUUCUGCAAGAACAUCGACGUCGAAGUCACUCAGGAGGAGUUCGAGGGACUCUUCAAGGGAUACGGCAGCAUCACCUCUGCCGUCCUCUCCACCGACGACGAAGGCAAGAGCCGCGGCUUUGGUUUCGUCAACUUCGAGGACCACGAGCAGGCCCAGAAGGCCGUUGACGACCUACAUGACACUGAGUUCCACGGCCAGAAGCUCUUCGUCGCCCGAGCCCAGAAGAAGAACGAGCGAGACGCUGAGCUGCGCCAGUCUUUCGAGGCAGCCAAGAACGAGAAGCUCUCCAAGUUCCAGGGUGUCAACUUGUACCUGAAGAACAUCCCUGAGGAGUUCGAUGAUGAGCGACUCCGUGAAGAGUUCGCGCCGUUCGGUGCCAUUACCUCGUGCAAGAUCAUGCGAACUACCUCCGGUGUCUCCCGAGGCUUCGGUUUCGUCUGCUACUCUGCACCCGACGAGGCCAACAAGGCCGUCGCUGAGAUGAACGGCAAGAUGCUGGACAACAAGCCUCUGUACGUCGCCUUGGCCCAGCGAAAGGAGGACCGACGACAGCAGCUCGAGGCUCAGAUCAUGCAGCAAAACCAGAUCCGCCUGCAGCAGCAAGCUGCCGCCGCUGGGAUUCCUGCUGGCUACCCUGGACAGCCCCUGUACUUCCCUCAGCCUGGCUUCCCCGGUCAGCCUGGUAUGGUCGGCCAGCGACCCCGCUACCCCGCCCCCGGUCAGAUGCUGCCCCAGGCUAUGCCUAUGGCUGGACCUUACGGUCAAUUCCCUGCUGGAAUGGUUCCACCUUCCGGCUACCGCCCCCCUCGUCCCCCUCGUGGUGGCCCAGGCAUGCCUCCUCAGGCUGGCGGACCUCGUCCUCCUGGAGGCGCUGGUCUCAACGGCGCUCCUCGACCUGGUCAGCCUCUGCCUGGCCGUGGCAUGCCCGCUGGUGCUCGUGGACCCGGUGGCCGUCAGCAAUACCCACCCGCUCAGCCCACUCUUACCGCUGCUGCCUUGGCUAACGCUGGACCAGAGGAGCAGAAGCAGAUGCUCGGAGAGGCCAUCUACCCCAAGAUUGCGGAGAACCACCCCGACUUGGCUGGCAAGCUCACUGGUAUGAUCCUGGAGCUGCCCGUCAGCGAAUUGCUGCACGUUCUAGAAGACGGCGAGGCCCUCAACUCCAAGGUUGGCGAGGCCCUGCAAGUUCUCCGAGACUACGAGACCCAGCAGGGUGGUGAGGACUCUGGCGAGUCCAAGCAGGAGGCUGCUUAAGGAGCAGUGGUGGCAUCUUAGAAGCAGGAGUCGCUGCCUUUGAGACGUCGAGGGUCGAGACACUGGCGCUACGCUGACUACGCAACCAUCGUGUGUGGGCCUACCGUUGAGCUGCCUUUGCUCCCCUCUCCCUUUCGUUGGUGGACCUUCGAUCUUGGUUGCUGAUUGCUGAGGUGUGGCAUGACUUCCCCCUUCUCCUUUAUGUACUUUUAGCUCUUUUCCUUUCCUCAUGCGCACC